UUUUUUUUGUACUCAUGACAUUCAGCGUACUUUUAGAAUAUCCGCUUCGAGCUCUUUCGUCAAUCAUACCGAUUGCCACCAAGAGAUCAGAUGCAGUGCCGCUCUUUCCCCUCAUUAGCGAAAGCUUGCACCCACUCGCCUCAAUAUUUUUUGCCGUGGUCAGCACCAUACUCGCCGGAAUUUUUUUUGUUAACGUCUUUUGGAAUGAAAAACCGAGGUUUAUUUUUAGUCGAGCAUUCCUGUAUAACCUACUUCUAGGACUUGUUUGCUCUAUCGCUUGGGGAUUCACCACACAUAUAAUAUUCCUUCAACUCCGUAUAGUCGCCUGAAUAUAACAGAAGAAAGUCUGCGCUAUUUUGGCGCAAGACGCCUUUAGUUCCCACCCACCUUAACUAAUUUCAAGAAGUCUCCAGUUUGCUCUAUAGAUUAUUAAAAAAAAAACAUUCGCAUGAUGAUUCAACUGAAUAUGCUUUAUUUUUUUUUUUUGCUCAUAAGAGAUGAACAUAGACCCAUUUAUCGAAAUCAAAAAUGAAGUAUAUCGCGAGAUGGAAGUAAUCGAAAAGUCAUACGACGAAUGGAGGAAGCAUUGCAUAAGCGGAAACACUGAGCAAAUCGCCAUAAAAACCGCCCAGCUAAAAGAGUAUUUGGAAUACACUGAAGAAGUGCUAAGUGAUAUGCAAUCAACCAUACACAUCGUAGAAAGAGACAGAAUAAAGUUCGAUAUUGGAGACGAAGAGAUUAAAUCAAGAAGAGACUUCGUCACCAAAAACAUGAAUAAGAUCGCUAGCAUUCGAGAUGAAUUGGCUCUGCCCCCAAAAUCUAUCAUACACACAGACCCGAGACUCAUCAGAGCACAGCAACAAAGAGACUCCAUUUACAUGGAAAAUGAAUUGUAUAUCAAAAACCAAGAAGAAGUCCGAAAGAACUUGUUCGAAAAACAUGACGAACACUUCGAGAACCUCCACAUUGCCUUAACUGAAUUAGGAGAGGUCGCUGCAGCCAUUGGGCAAGAGACAGAUACUCAACAGAGCUUGUUGGCAGACAUAGACAAAGAGACAGAAAGAACGAGAGCGCAUGUCGGCAAGUCAUCAAGAGGUAUACAAAAAAUCCUGAAAAAAAUGAAAUCAAAUUUCGGAUCGAUCUGUAUAGCGCUGAGCGUCAUCGUAUUCGUACUGGUCUCAUUUUUGGCGCUCAAAUUAUGACAGCCAUCAAU